UGAAUUUUAGUGUGAAAAGCAUAACCCGGAAGUUUAUGUCAGCCAGCGUCUGAAGCCAGCUGGUGUAACACGCCGCCAAAUGAAAGUUGUCUAUCCACCAUAAUGUCGGGACACGGACACGGCCAUCACGACCACGGCUGCAGCUGCGAGGGCUCCCAUGAGCCCGCCGAGAGAGGCGUCGAGUACGGCCUGUAUCAGCGGAUCGACCUGGACAAGAUGCAGUGUCUGAACGAGAGCAGGGACGGCGACGGCAGGCUGGUGUUCAAGCCGUGGGACCAGCGGAAAGACCGGGACAAGUACGUGGAGAGCGACGCCGAUCAAGAGCUGCUGUUCAAUAUCCCUUUCACAGGUAGCGUCAAGCUGAAAGGAGUCAUCAUCUCCGGGGAGGACGACGGCUCACACCCGGCAGAGAUACGACUGUACAAGAACAUCCCUCACAUGUCUUUUGACGACACUGGCAGAGAACCUGAACAGGCCUUCAGACUCAACCGAGACCCGGACGCUCAGCUGGAGUACCCAACAAAAAUUGCUCGUUUUUCCAACGUCCAGCACCUGUCCAUCCAUAUCUCCAAGAACUUUGGGGACGAGAACACCCGUAUCUACUACAUCGGCCUGAGAGGGGAAUACUCCGAGGCUCACAGGCACGAAGUGACUAUCUGCAACUACGAGGCGGCGGCCAACCCUGCCGAUCACAAAGUGGAGAGCAUCAUCCCACAGACCAACUUCAUCUCUUGAAGUGUCGCAGGGAAGAAAGGAGGAGGCGGCGGCGGACAUCGACGGGCACAAAGAUGCUUUUGUGACGACCGCCACGCUACAGGCGACGUCCUGAUCCUGACCGAGUGUUGCUUUUCUUUCCUUGGCAAUGAAGGCUUGAUAACCGGGAUAUAAGACUUUGUAACCCGCGAGUAGUCACGGCUGAAAUAAAACACGGAGCGCUAACGCAUUUCUUUGCUGAUCCAGGGUCAGAUCUCUGCAAGUCCUCCCACAUGCCCCAAACAGCCACGCGUGCAGGUCUUCAACAGGAGGUCCGCGGCCCCCAAGGGGUCCUGCAGUGGUACUGCAGGGGGCAUCGUGACGAUUUUUUGUUAAGUUAGACUUAUUGGUUUUGUUUUUUAAAUAUUUAUAUUCCCAAUUUUUCCAACACACUGUAGUGUGUUUAUACGUGGCACGGACCCCCUCCUCACUGUACCUUGCAGCGUUAAAAUAAAAACCAUGGGUAGUUUAA